UCACCUCCUCCGUUCGCUUUUAAAAGUGAAUCUUGCCCUUUCCAAUAUGGCAGCGACGCUGAUACACGAUUCAGCAGCCACUUCCUCCGGUCCACUGGGGGCAGUAAUGAACGGACAAAAAUGCAAAACCCCAAACCUGAGUUAUCACUGCCCUCUAGUGUGCUGAUCCGAGUAUUAAAUAUUCAUCUGAUCCCUGCAGCAGAGAUUUUGCCGUGUUUUUCUCUCUCGGUGUUCUUUAUUCUCAUCUCAGCUGUUGGUGGAUAGACACAUGGAGCGGUGACAGCACACAUACACACACAGCUGAGUGCGUCCCAUCCUGGCAACAAAAUGAACUGCGAUGAGUGCCAGUUCCUGAAUGGACAUGACUGUUAGGUAAGACCCAACGGAGGAGACAGUACUUCAGACACUGCCCUGCCUUAGACAAACAGGAUUUGAACCCUGGGGUCACGGACUCACCAUAGCCAGAGGAGACAAUUCUUCAGUGUUAUUAUCGGAAAUGGCUAAUAAUAGAUGACAAGAAAGCCAAAGUGUUCCUUUGGCGGAGUCCUCUUUUGUAGCAGCCGCAGCCAGAGAAGACAGCUGUGCUGGACUUUGGUGAAUCAUGAUCCCUAUUACCGAGCUGCGCUAUUUUGUGGACACGCAACCUGCGUAUCGCAUUUUAAAGCCGUGGUGGGAUGUGUUCACGGACUAUAUAUCAGUGGUCAUGCUAAUGAUCGCCGUAUUCGGAGGCACACUUCAGGUCACACAGGACAAGAUGAUCUGCCUGCCCUGCAAAUGGGUGGUUAAUGAGACCUGUAGAAAGUAUUUCAACUCCUCGGGUUCAGUGCCCCUGACCCUGGAACCUCAAGGGAUACGGUAUGACCUCGACCGACACCAGUAUAACUACGUCGAUGCUGUGUGCUACGAAAACAAGCUCCACUGGUUUGCAAAAUAUUUUCCCUAUUUGGUGCUGCUUCACACGCUCAUCUUCCUCGCUUGCAGUAACUUCUGGUUCAAAUUCCCAUGGACCAGCUCGAAACUGGAACACUUCGUGUCCAUUCUUCUGAAGUGCUUCGACUCGCCAUGGACCACGCGAGCUCUGUCCGAAACGGUGGUGGAGGAGAGCGACCCCAAAGCUUUCGGGAAAAUGAACGGCUCCUUCGACAAGAAGGCUUCGUACGUCAGCGAGGACGUGGAGGCGAGCGCUCCCAUGCUGUCAACAACCAGGUUUCGUUUCGAACAGGGAAUCGUGGACCACUCUGAGACCGGUGUACUGGACAAAAAGGAAGGCGAACAGGCCAAGGCGUUGUUUGAGAAGGUGAAGAAGUUUCGAAUUCAUGUUGAAGAGGGAGACAUAGUCUACAGACUCUACAUACGACAAACUAUCAUCAAAGUUGUCAAGUUUAUCCUCAUCAUCUCCUACACGGGAUACUACGUCCACAAAAUUCAAUUCAGCGUUGACUGCAGUGUGGAUAUCGAAAACCUCACGGGUUAUCACAUGUACAAUUGCGCACAUCCCCUGGCCACUCUGUUUAAAAUCUUAGCGUGCUUUUACAUUAGCCUGGUGGUUGUGUAUGGGAUGAUCUGUGUGUAUACCCUCAGCUGGAUGCUUCGGCGUUCUCUCAAGAAGUAUUCUUUUGAGUCCAUCAGAGAGGAGAGCAGCUACAGCGACAUCCCGGACGUGAAGAACGACUUCGCCUUCAUGCUGCACAUGAUCGAUCAAUACGAUCCUCUUUAUUCCAAACGAUUUGCGGUUUUCCUCUCGGAGGUGAGCGAGAACAAACUUCGCCAGCUGAAUCUUAACAACGAAUGGACUUUGGAGAAACUUCGGCAGAGGGUUACCAAAAACUCCCAGGAGAAGUUAGAGUUGCAUCUGUUCAUGCUUAGUGGAAUUCCAGACACGGUUUUUGACUUAGUAGAGCUGGAGGUCCUAAAACUCGAGCUCAUCCACGAUGUCACCAUCCCGCCAAUCAUUGCCCAGCUUACUAACCUCAGGGAGAUGUGGCUGUACCAUACGCCGGCCAGAAUAGAAGCUCCGGCUUUGGCGUUUCUAAGAGAGAACCUGAAAUCGUUGCACAUCAAAUUUACAGACAUCAAGGAAAUACCUCUAUGGAUCUACAGCUUGAAGAACCUCAGCGAACUGCAUCUUACCGGUAACCUCAGCGCUGACAACAAUCGCUACAUCGUCAUCGACGGCCUACGAGAGUUGAAGCGACUUAAGGUUUUGAGGCUGAAAAGCAACCUCACCAAGUUGCCCCAGGUGGUCACGGAUGUCGGGAUGCACCUCCAGAAGUUGUCCAUCAACAACGAAGGAACAAAGUUGAUGGUGCUCAACAGCUUGAAGAAGAUGGUGAACCUGACCGAGCUGGAGCUGGUCCGCUGUGAUCUGGAACGUAUACCGCAUUCCAUCUUCAGCUUGCACAACUUGCAGGAGAUUGAUCUUAAGGACAACAACCUCAAGACUAUCGAUGAGAUCAUUAGUUUUCAGCAUCUUCAUCGACUUGUUUGUCUGAAGAUGUGGUAUAAUCAGAUUGCUUAUAUACCGUUCCAGAUAGGUACGCUGACCAACCUGGAGCGCCUUUAUUUGAACCGCAACAAGAUCGAGAAGAUACCGAAUCAGCUGUUCUUCUGCCGGAAGCUUAGGUUUCUUGAUCUGAGCCAUAACAAUCUAACAAGCAUCCCGUCGGAAAUAGGAAGUCUCCAGAACCUUCAGUACCUCGCUGUUACUGCCAACAGGAUUGAAGUUCUUCCCCCCGAGUUGUUUCAGUGUAAGAAGCUGCGCACGCUCAACCUCGGAAACAACUGUUUGCAGUCUCUGCCCUCUCGGUUUGGGGAGCUCACCAAUCUGACCCAGCUAGAACUGAGGGGCAACAGGCUGGAGUGUCUCCCCGUUGAACUCGGAGAGUGCAGACUGCUAAAGAAGAGCAGUCUGAUUGUGGAGGAGAGUAUCUUCAACACGUUUCCCCCAGAGGUCAAAGAGCAACUGUGGAGAACUGAGAAAGAAGCUGCUUGAGAACCAGACACACUAACCUGUAAGCACUUCAGUUUUUGAUAGCGGGCACAGAUGUCGCUGACGGUGUUUAUCCAAGCAAUAGACAUGUGCGCAAGGUUGUCAUCCCCUUUAUGCUGGAGGACAGUGUUUGACAUUUAUGUGAUGUCAUGUUUCAGUGAUACAGAAGGAACGUUGAGUAACACAGGCAGCAAUGGCAUUUCUGAGGGUGAGUGAGCAGACCAAAUAUUACAUUUAAAUGAUGGUGCUGUUCAUUUAUGCCUUAUUGAAUAAACACAAUUAUAUUAUGGUAUUGUAAACAUUUUCACUGCAUUUUAUACCUGUGUUACGCUGCGUCCCAAUUCGCCUAUUUAUACAAUGGCUUUUAAAGUAUGUACUGUUUUUGUUAUGGAAAGUAUAUACAUUUUAGUGCGCAGCAAAACUGUAUGCAUGCAUUGGGACAUACUAACGCGAAACGGAAGUGGCCGUUGUUGCCUAGAUGACACUGUGAUCCUUAACUGUCACGGACAUCAAAUUACAGCUCUUCCUUGCAUUUAAGUAUUUAUUCAUUUAUUAUUUUGUAUGUAAUGUUUAAUGUAUACUUACAUUUAUUAAUUUAGCGGAGCAUCUUUUAUUUAAUUUUAUUAAUGCUGUGUAGCGUCACUAAACGGUGAGUUGUGGGUAAUAUCAGUCGUUAAGUGUUCAUGGAUUCACACUUCGAAUUUUCACCGGAAACAGUAGACCAUCCGGGUAUUUUGAGUAUACUCAUUUCAGCAUACUAUGAUUUGGGACAUACUAAUUCUAUUUUGGAAUACUAUUUAGGACGGAUAGUAUGCGAAUUGGGACACAGCAUUAGUGUUAUCUGUACUAUUAAGACCUCAUUAGUGUUUAAUGUUUACCGCUAUAAUAUUCUGUUAACUGCUUUUGUACUUUUAUAUUAUUGAGCAAAUAUUUUAAAAAAUGUAUUCUUGUGUUUAAAGUGCUCUGCAUUGAUUGUGAUGGUAAUACGUUUUCAAGAGAAAUGUAACACUAGACCCAGCACAAUAAUAUGCUGUGUAGCCUUUUUGACACAUUUACUAUGUACAAUUCAAGUCAUAUCUAGCAUGAAUCAUAUUAUCCAUUAGAUGUUAAACAUUUGGAAAUUCAAUAUUCAGUGUCCCUUUCACCCAGUAAUAUUAAGGGAGUUUGGUAUAGCCUACUCCUUUUUAUCUGUUUCGACAAUAUUGUGUGCUAACAGAUUAAGUGAGAAUGUUUUAUGGGGUUUGCAUGUUUGCCGUUUUUAUUCACUGAAGCAAAAAAGAACAUUGAAAAUGUACACCAAGAGAUAGUGGGAUCUAUCUAUGUGUAUUUCUUUUGUAUUAAGCAGAUGCACAUUGGUAUUACAAAAUUGUUUUUCCAAGAAGGCAAACUAGACCUUCAUUAUAUUACUCCUUACAAAUACAGCACCUUAUUUUCAUCAGUCUGCUCACUUUGAAAUGCCUUGAAAAAUGGAUGCUUUUAAACAUUUAUUUAGUUGAAAGACGUGUAAACAUUAACAUUGUAAAAUUAAGCUAGUACCCCCAACUUUGCACUUAAUGUUUACUGUUCCUUAUUCUCAUGACAUCACUGUUCACAAGACAAUCAGAAGUAUUUCGUUAAGUUUUGUAUAUGUAUGCAGUGCGGUUCUGUACAGUAUGUGUGACAUUUACAUGGAAUUAUAACUCUCAGUGUUGGAUAGAGGUUCAUUCUGUAUAUGUCAGUUAUUUACUUAUGGUAGAAUUAACCUUGCUGUUAUGUCUUGUCAUUUCAUUUGGCAUUUUCAGAUUGACAAAGGUGUUACUGUUAAUAGUUUUUUAAA